AUGGCAAAAUCCGGGCGUGACAACGGCAUCACGUCGGAAGUGCUCUUCGGCGGUAGCUGCGCAUGCAGUCGCAUCACGUAUACGAGCACCGCGCUUCCCGACACCUGCAACGUGUGCCACUGUAUCACUUGCCAGAAGCUGAGUGGCGGGCCGUAUCAUUGCUACCUGCAAGUCGCGUCAAAGUCCAUCACCUUCUACGACCACAAGGAAAGUCUCCGCUACAUCGGCCUGCCCCAGGACUCCAUCGGCGGCAUCUCCAUCCUACGACUGGCCAAAAUGGGCGAGAGGGCUUUCUGUCUGGACUGUCAUGCUCCCCUCGCGAUGCGGUAUCGACACGAGGAAGGCGUGUUCCAUUUGACGUUGGGCAGCGUAGACGAUAAGACGAUCAAGGAUGAUCGAGUGCGAAGAGCGCUCGAACCUAAAACGCACAUCUUCACCAGCCAGGCCGCUUGGUGGGAUGGCUCGAUAAAGGAUGGAUUGCCGGCACACGCGAGAUUUGGAGGGACGUUUGAGCAAGACAUGGAAGCGUGGGCAGAAAACAACUAA